AUGGCCUCCGGCAGAGAUUCCGACCGUACCUUAGGGUACAUGACCCGUAAGGAUACCGAAGUGAAGCUUCCUCGGCCGACGCGGGUCAAGAACAAGACUCCGGCGCCGGUUCAAAUCACCGCCGAGCAGAUUCUAAGAGAAGCUCGGGAGAGGCAAGAGGCUGAGAUCCGGCCGCCUAAGCAGAAAAUCACUGAUUCGACUGAGCUCUCCGACUACAGACUCCGACGUCGGAAGGAGUUCGAGGACAAGAUCCGCCGCGCGAGAUGGAACAUCCAAGUGUGGGUCAAGUACGCGCAGUGGGAAGAGUCGCAGAAGGACUACGCUCGUGCUCGGAGCGUGUGGGAACGAGCCAUUGAAGGCGAUUACCGGAACCAUACGCUAUGGCUAAAGUACGCCGAGUUCGAGAUGAAGAACAAGUUCGUAAACAGCGCCAGGAACGUUUGGGAUCGAGGCGUCACGCUUCUCCCUCGAAUCGACCAGCUCUGGUACAAGUACAUUCACAUGGAGGAGAUACUUGGGAACAUCGCCGGAGCCAGACAGAUAUUCGAGCGGUGGAUGAAUUUCUCACCGGAUCAACAAGGUUGGCUCUCCUUUAUCAAAUUCGAGCUCAGGUAUAACGAAAUCGAGCGUGCGAGAUCGAUCUACGAGAGAUUUGUUCUUUGCCAUCCGAAAGUCUCUGCUUACAUUCGAUAUGCGAAGUUCGAGAUGAAAGGCGGUGAAGUUGCUCGUGCGAGGAACGUGUACGAACGUGCCACCGAGAAGCUUGCUGAUGAUGAGGAAUCUGAGAUUCUCUUUGUGGCGUUUGCUGAAUUUGAAGAACGAUGCAAGGAAGUAGAGCGGGCUAGGCUUAUCUACAAGUUUGCUCUUGACCAUAUUCCUAAAGGAAGAGCUGAGGAUUUGUAUAAGAAGUUUGUGGCUUUUGAGAAACAGUACGGUGAUAAGGAAGGGAUCGAGGACGCCAUUGUUGGGAAGAGGAGGUUUCAGUAUGAAGAUGAAGUGAGGAAGAACCCUUUGAACUAUGAUUCGUGGUUCGAUUACGUUAGGUUAGAAGAGUCUGUAGGGAACAAAGAUAGGAUUAGAGAAACCUAUGAGAGGGCUAUCGCUAAUGUUCCACCCGCUGAAGAGAAACGAUACUGGCAACGAUAUAUCUAUCUUUGGAUUAAUUAUGCAUUGUAUGAAGAGAUUGAAACUGAAGAUGUGGAGCGUACACGAGAUGUAUACAGAGAAUGCCUGAAGCUUAUCCCACACAACAAAUUUUCUUUUGCCAAAAUAUGGUUGCUCGCUGCACAGUUUGAGAUCAGGCAGUUGAAUCUAACGGGUGCACGUCAGAUAUUAGGAAAUGCGAUUGGAAAAGCUCCGAAAGAUAAGAUAUUCAAGAAAUACAUUGAGAUCGAACUCCAGUUGGCAAACAUGGAUAGAUGUAGAAAGUUAUACGAGCGGUAUCUGGAAUGGUCUCCAGAGAAUUGCUAUGCUUGGAGCAAGUUUGCUGAACUAGAGAUAUCCCUUGCUGAAACCGAAAGAGCUAGAGCUAUUUUCGAACUGGCUAUAUCUCAGCCUGCUCUUGACAUGCCUGAGCUGCUAUGGAAGGCAUACAUUGAUUUUGAGAUAUCAGAAGGGGAAUUAGAGAGGACACGAGCUUUGUACGAGCGACUCUUGGACAGAACAAAGCACUACAAGGUUUGGGUUAGUUUUGCAAAAUUUGAAGCCUCUGCUGUAGAAGGAGUCGAGGAAGAUGGUGACAAAGAAGAAGAAGAAGUUAUUGAGCGCAAAAAAGAAUGCAUCAGACGCGCCAGAGCGAUAUUUGAUAGAGCCAACACAUACUACAAGGAUUCCACUCCAGAGCUCAAAGAUGAGCGAACAACGCUCUUGGAGGACUGGCUCAACAUGGAGACGAGCUUUGGCGAGCUCGGUGAUGUCAGCGACGUUCAAUCGAAACUCCCGAAGAAGCUCAAGAAGAGAAAGCCGAUCAGUAGAGAAGACGGCUCAACAGAGUACGAAGAAUACAUUGAUUAUUUGUUCCCUGAAGAAUCGCAGACAACGAACCUCAAGAUUCUUGAAGCUGCUCAAAGAUGGAAGAAGCAGAAGCUUGCUGCUUCUGAGGAGGAUUCCUAUUAA